AUGGCGUCCAGGAUAGGACCUCGAAGCGUCAAGGACGCAACGCGCUUCACAUCAACCAUGCCUCACGCCACAUCCAAGUCGGCCAGUGCAGGUGCAGCCGGGGGACGAGCCCCCCCCGCGACGCCAAAGCCUUCGCUCCGGCUUCCCGGCGAGACUCCCGAGCAGCGUGUCCGGCGACUGAGGCAGGCACACAUCGCCGCGCAGAAGGCGCAGGUCAGCAGGACAGACCGGGUCAUCGACGCCUCAAGAAGGUUCUUGGAUGUAGCACAUCGAUGGACCGUCGGCGGCAUCGUCGUCUUUACGGCCGUCGCCGGUGUCGUAAGCGUCUACUCCGUCUGGGACAUGCUCCAGUACAACCGCGCCCGCCGCGCAGAAUGGGUCGAAGCCCAGAAGAAGCUCGAGGCCGACUCCCUCGCCGCCGCGCGCAUAGCGUACCUCAAGGGGACCGCAACCGAUGAGCAGAUCCUCCUCGUGGAAGAGGCUAAUCGCGAAGCCCGAGAAACUGGCGUCAAGCUGCCGCCCCUGCUGGCACCGGCGGAGCACCGUACGCAUUUCGAAGAACACGUAAAGCCGACGUUUUCUAGGGAUGCUGCCGAUGGGCACAAGGAAGGAAAGGGCGUGCUCGGCGUCCUGUCUGGCCUCUUUGGUGGGUCAACCGCAGCUCAAGAGACGCCGUCUGGGGCUUCUACGCCGUUGGCCGCCGGGGAUGGUGUAGUGCAGGCGAUUGAGGCCAAGGCCAAGGACGUCUGGGAGACAGAAAAACAGAAUCAACUCAAAGGCGGUAGUUUGGACCAACUGGGCCUGGAUAUUCGCAACUCGGAGCAAAAGACAGGAAAGCGUGGCUGGUGGCCUUGGUAG